AUACAAGAAACGGGUAACCGUUAAUACCUAGUUCUGGUAGACAAACACAUACACACCUUGGUAGAGAGACCUAUAACUACCCAGUUGUCAUUUUCAAAUCUUACCAUGCGAUCGGCUCCAGAAGGUGUGCCAUCAAAAGUUGCUUUUGUUACAGUUGGCGCGACUGCGACUUUCAAAGAGCUCAUUGAAGAAGUGUUCGCAUUACAUACUCUACAGGCACUAGCUAAGGAAGGGUAUACGAAACUUAGAGUACAAGCUGGGCCGGAUGCCGAUUAUUGGAAAAACAACAUACCGAAAGAGAAAGGACCCGGACUUGAGAUCGAAGUAUUCGAUUUCGAUCAUAAUGGGCUAGGGCAUGAGAUGCGUCAAUGUAAGAAAGGGGGAUUUUAUGGCACAGGAGAGAGUCUAGAAGGUGUAGUAAUAUCGCACGCUGGUUAGUGGGCAUUCAAAUAAGCAAAUCAUAUUUGAACAUGUGAUUAAUGUUGGGACGAUAUAGGCUCAGGAACAAUCCUUGAUGCACUUCGAAUUGGUGUACCACUCAUUGUCGUGCCCAACACUUCACUCCUCGAUAAUCACCAAGCUGAGUUGGCAGAUGAACUGGAGAGACAAGGCUAUGUCAUCAAAGCAUUGGGACCUCGGUAGGUGGACUUAAAUUUCAUGUUGUAUCACACCAACAAAUUAACUCGAGUCAAUGUAGGGAUUUGAAAGAAGCCAUUUACAAAGUUGAGAGGAAGAAAGAUGGCCGUUUAGCCGAAAAUGAAAGCUGGCAAGAACGUAAAAACUGGAGAGGACAUGGAAACCCUAGUGUUGCACCAGUUCUUGACGAAGCUGCCAAUUACGAGGAGGAAAUUAGGGGCUCAUUGGAUUAGGUGUGUGGGUAAAGUUCUGGGUAAUGUUCCAACGAAUUUAUGAAGACGGAGUUAUGGGAGAGGUGUUCUCUCAUUUUGGUCAUUGGGAGUUGGUAUUGGAUUGCAGAGAUACCCCCAGGUUUAUGUAAUAGUUCCGUGGAUUUCAAUUCCUUUCCACACCUACACGUCGGAUGAUAUCAGAAAAGGCAACCCGAAAUAUCAGAUUUCUAGAGAUCGAAAAACGCUUGGCAAUCUGGAUUGAUCUUGCAUCGAAUC